GGCGGCGCUGAGGGAGCGAUGGCGGCGGUGAGGGAGCGUGGGGCCGGGUGGUCGCUGUCCGAGCGCCUGCGGCUGGUGCUGGGCGACCGGAGCCGCGCCAACGGGGUGCUCGACAUCCUGGAGCGGCUGCAGGCUGAUCAAGAGGCUGAUAUUCUUGAAGCUAUCAGGACCUGUAACACGUUAUUUUGCACCUUGCUGCAGCGAGGAGAUCUUUUUGUCGGGCAGUUGCCUGGGGAAGACAAGGCGAUGGCAGCUGACUACGAUGCAGAGACAAAGUACAAGAUCUGGAUGAGGCAUCGGUAUCGCGCUUGUGUCCGACAGCUCUUUCAUCUAAUGGACCUUGAAUCUGAAGGAGUGCAGGAACUGGCACUGCGUACGCUGAUGAAGUUUGUUCAGACGGAAGGAAUGAGGCCUCUUGUCCAACGUGAGCAUGAAGAUUCUUCUGUCUUCCCCGUACAGUUGCUGACGUCACUUGUGAAACACUUGCUUCAUGUGGAAAGAGAUGCCUCAUCCCUGAUCUCCUGUUAUCAGGGGUAUUUGAAGUAUGCUGAUGUUCGUUACUACACCAUGGCCUCCACUGCUGAUAACAUAUCAAAAGUUAUUCAUAGGGCUAAGGGGGCUGUACUCCCUGUUUACCAACAAAAUGUGUUUAGCCUUUUGUCCUCGAUCCACAUGCCAACUGAAGAGAAGGACCUCAAGGAUUUCCUGGUGAAGCAAAAAAGGAAGCAUGAGGGAUACAAAGCAUCAAAGCUCGAGGAACACAAAAAAAAAUUCGAGCAAGUGUGGCUGGUGUUCCUUAAGUAUAAGCUGCCUGCCGCUCUCUACAAGAAGGUGCUGGUGAUUUUACACGACGCUGUUCUGCCACACAUGAGCGAGCCAGUCCUGAUGAUUGAUUUCCUCACUGCUGCCUACGACAUGGGAGGAGCCAUUAGCCUACUUGCCUUGAAUGGGCUUUUCUACCUCGUUCAUCAGCACAACUUAGAAUACCCAGACUUUUACAAAAAGCUUUACAGCUUAUUGGAACCCUCUGUGCUCCACGUGAAGUACCGGGCCAGAUUCUUCCAUCUGUUGGAUCUAUUCUUGUCUUCCAGCCAUUUACCAGCUUACCUGGUGGCAGCGUUUAGCAAGCGUUUAUCCAGACUGACUCUCUCAGCGCCGCCUGAGGCCUUGCUAAUGGUCAUCCCCCUCAUCUGUAACCUGAUCCGUCGCCAUCCGUCCUGCAAGGUUCUUCUCCACCGGCCCAGUGAGGCUCAAGAUCUCUCUGCUGAUCCGUACAUGAUGGAUGAAGAAGAUCCUGCAAAAAGUCGAGCACUGGAGAGUUCCCUAUGGGAGCUACAGACUCUGCAGCAACAUUACCAUCCUGACGUUGCCAAUGCAGCAGCCGUAAUCAAUAAAACUUUGUCGGACCAAGAGACUGACCUCUCUGUGCUCUUCGAUCUUUCUGUUCCACAGCUCUUUGAAAAGGAACCAAAGAAGAGAGCAAGAUGUGCCCCCUUGGAGUUUGAGCCUGCGGAGGGGUUACUGAGCAAGCGGAAUGACCUGGUCUCUCAGCACUGGGCUUUGGCGUAAUAACAGUUGCUGCAACUGCAAAAAAUCAUUCUGGCUGAAAGCGAAACCAGUAAAGUUAUGAGUCUGUUGCUUUGUAAUAGAUUUGUACAGAAGGAAACCA